GGCUCCCCCUAAAAAUUACCCAUUGCCGGAUUGCCGGAUUGCUGGAUGGCAGGGCAGCAGUUGUUUUGGUUCUCAACACCUGUCUGAGUCAAGGUUGGACGGGGAGGCGAGUCGGAAGGCAAUUGCCAAAGGAUUUUGAUUUGUAUUUGGAUGUGAAAGCGGAACAUCCCACCCGGACUGGGACCCACCGCGGCGCAUCAAGGGUUUGAGCGAUUCGCCUUACAUAAGCAAGCGAUGUAAAAAUCGAGUCCCGGGAGACUGUGGAUCAAAGUGCCUUUAUUGAUGGAUCCAAACACAAACCGAGUGCCUAUCAGUACACGGACUGAGCCUUAAACCAGUGCCUUUGGAAUUAUACGGAACAAGCAACCAAAUACAUACACAACUGAGAUGUCGGGGAGGAGCUAUCAGCGCCAGAGCCUGGAACUGCGUAGUCCUGACAACAGCUCGCUGGACGAUGUAGCGGACAGCCGUUUUCGGAAUAUGCUCGGCUCCAGCGCCAGCGCCAGCCAGACACGUCGCCAGCAGCGGGUGGCCCAGCACCGCCAGGAGUCGUGGUUCCGUCACUCCAUGCCGCCGGCCGUCAACCGAGACUUCGAGUCCCUGGAGCAUCUGACGCCCAAGACCAGCUGCGGCCUGGACGAGCAGUUGGCCGCCUCCGUCUCGACCAGCGUCCACAGCGGUGGGAGCUCCACGCUCUGCGGCAGUCGGGGCGGGAAUACGAAUACGGACCACUUCAGCAUCCAUCUGAACAGUGCCAACAGCAACCUGGGAUUCAUAGACUCCGACACCCCCAACACGCCGAUCACUCCUCCCAGAUCGACCUCGACCUCCCUCUGCGGUGGCCUGCAGCCGCCCGCAUCCGUCUCCACCUCUGUAGCCGGCACGCUCUCAUCUCGCCAAGGCGCCGCCGGGCUACCGCAGAGCUCCCAUCGCAGUCGUAAGGACUCCAAGGGGUCCAUCCUCUCCAGACAGAGCCUGGCUCAGCGUGGCCUGCGAAUGACAACCUCAUUUCUACGCAGGAAACGGAAGGAGUACGAAGAUGAUGAGGACAUCACCUCGUCCGCCGGCUACGAUGCAGAGGAUGGAGAGCGGCGUGUCAUAAUCCUAAAUGGCGCCCAGCCCGUAAAGUACUGCAACAAUCGUAUAUCGACGGCCAAGUACAACUUCAUCAGCUUUCUGCCCUCGUUCCUGUUCGAACAGUUCCGACGGUACUCGAACUGUUUUUUCCUGCUAAUCGCAUUGCUGCAGCAAAUCCCAGAUGUAUCGCCCACGGGUCGCUACACCACUCUGGUGCCCCUGAUGUUCAUCCUAUCUGUCAGCGCCAUCAAGGAGAUAAUCGAAGAUGUGAAGCGCCAUCGCGCUGAUAAUGAGAUCAAUCAUCGACACAUCGAGCGGCUAGAGAACGGCACCUGGUCGACAGUCCGGUGGGCGGAGCUGACCGUGGGGGACAUUAUAAAAGUGUCGAUAAACACAUUCUUCCCCGCGGACCUAAUUAUCUUAUCGUCCAGUGAGCCCCAGGCCAUGUGUUUCAUUGAGACGGCCAAUCUGGAUGGGGAGACCAACCUGAAGAUACGCCAGGGAGUGACUGCCACUGCGGGACUGCUGGAGACAAAGGACCUCGCAAUGCUGCAGGGAAGGAUCGAGUGCGAGCUGCCCAAUCGGCAUCUGUACGAGUUUAACGGGGUGCUAAAGGAAUUCGGAAAGCAAUCCGUGUCCCUGGGCAACGAUCAGGUCCUGCAGCGUGGCGCUAUGUUGCGAAACACGGCCUGGGUGUUUGGGGUCGUUGUCUACUCGGGUCAGGAGACGAAGCUCAUGAAGAACUCUACCUCAGCGCCGCUGAAGCGGUCCACCGUCGACAAGCUAACCAACACCCAGAUCCUGAUGUUGUUCAUGAUCCUGAUCUCGCUUUGCAUCACCAGUGGACUGUGCAAUCUGUUCUGGACCCGGGAGCACUCGGAAACGGACUGGUAUCUGGGCCUGAGCGACUUCAAGAGCUUGAGCCUCGGCUACAAUCUCCUCACCUUCUUCAUUCUGUACAACAACCUGAUACCCAUAUCGCUGCAGGUCACCCUCGAGCUGGUGCGCUUCCUGCAGGCCAUCUUCAUCAACUACGACAUCGAGAUGUACCACGAGCCCUCGGACACGCCGGCCAUGGCCCGCACCUCGAACCUCAACGAGGAGCUGGGCAUGGUAAAGUACAUAUUUUCUGACAAGACGGGCACGCUCACGCAGAAUGUGAUGGUCUUCAAGAAGUGCUCAAUAGCGGGGCAUAUCUAUGCCCCGCAGCGCACUCCGGAGGAGUCGCUGCUGGUUCAGAACAUCCUCAGACGGCACGAGUCGGCAGAAGUCAUCGAGGAGUUCCUGGUGCUGCUUUCCGUCUGCCACACCGUAAUACCUGAGCGAAGCGAUGAGGGCAUCAUCUACCACGCCGCUAGUCCGGACGAACGCGCCCUGGUUGAGGGCGCCCACUUCUUUGGCUACAUCUUCGACACCCGCACGCCCGAAUACGUGGAGAUCAAUGCGCUGGGCCAGCGGCGGCGAUAUCAGGUACUCAAUGUUCUGGAGUUCACAUCGGCGCGAAAGCGCAUGUCGCUGAUAGUGCGGACGCCAGAGGGCAAGAUCAAGCUCUUCUGCAAGGGCGCCGAUUCGGUGAUUUACGAACGCCUGUCCGCCCAAGAUAGACAGUACCGUGACCGGACGCUGCAGCACCUCGAGGAGUUCGCAUCGGAGGGUCUGCGCACACUUUGUCUGGCCGUGGCCGACAUUCAGCCAGAUGUGUACGAGGAGUGGCGCAACACCUACCACAAGGCAGCGACGGCGCUGCAGCACCGCGAACGCAAGCUGGAGGAUGCGGCGGACUUGAUUGAGAUCAAUCUGCGCCUACUGGGCGCCACGGCCAUCGAAGAUCGCUUGCAGGACGGCGUGCCGGAGACGAUUGCGGCGCUGAUGGAUGCCGGCAUCUAUAUUUGGGUGCUGACCGGCGACAAGCAAGAAACGGCCAUAAAUAUAGGAUACUCCUGCAGGCUGAUCUCCCACACCAUGGACAUACUCAUCCUGAACGAGGAAAGCCUCGACGCAACCCGCGACGUCAUCCUUCGCCACUUAGGGGAAUUUAAGAGCUCGACGGCCAACGACAUGAACGUGGCCCUGGUCAUCGAUGGCACCACACUAAAAUACGCCCUGAGUUGUGAUCUACGGGGCGAUUUUCAGGAGCUCUGCCUACUCUGCCGCGUGGUCAUCUGCUGCCGCGUGUCGCCCAUGCAGAAGGCGGAGGUGGUCGAGAUGGUCACCCAGAGCACCAAGGCGGUGACGCUGGCCAUCGGGGACGGUGCCAACGAUGUGGCCAUGAUACAGAAGGCAAACGUUGGCAUUGGUAUAUCCGGCGUUGAGGGUUUGCAAGCGGCCUGCGCCUCGGACUAUUCGAUUGCCCAAUUUCGGUACCUGCAGCGACUGCUGCUCGUGCACGGGGCUUGGAACUAUGCGCGUAUCAGCAAGCUGAUCCUGUACAGCUUCUACAAGAAUGUCUGUCUCUACGUCAUCGAACUGUGGUUCGCCCUCUACUCCGGCUGGUCGGGCCAGAUCCUGUUCGAGCGGUGGACCAUUGGUCUCUACAAUGUGGUGUUCACGGCCAUGCCCCCGUUCGCCAUGGGUCUGUUCGAGAAGUUCUGUACGGCCGAGACGAUGCUCAAGUACCCGAUGCUGUACAAGCCCUCGCAGAACGCCAAGUUGUUCAAUGUGAAGGUAUUUUGGAUUUGGAUCUUCAACGCCCUGCUGCACUCGGUGUUCCUCUUCUGGCUGCCCAUGGCCGCGUACGCAUCGGAUACCAUCUGGAGGGAUGGCAAGGCCAACGACUACCUAAUGAUGGGCAAUAUGGUGUAUACGUAUGUGAUUGUGACGGUCUGCUUGAAGGCGGGCCUCAUCACAAACUCCUGGACCUGGCUGACGCAUAUGGCCAUUUGGGGCUCCAUAGUGCUCUGGUUCGGCUUUGUUCUGAUCUACAGUCACUGCUUUCCGACCUUCAACAUCGGCAGCAACUUCCCUGGCAUGGACAUCAUGAUGCUGAGCACGCCGAUGUUCUAUUUGGGCCUGGUUCUGGUGCCAAUCACCACCCUGCUGAUCGAUGUCAUCUGCAAACUGAUACACAACACCGUGUUCAAAACACUCACGGAGGCAGUGCGCGAAACCGAGAUUAGGCGCAACGAUCUCGCCGAAGUGAUGAACGAGCCUCGAUCUUCAGAUUCUGGUUUUGCUUACGCCCUGGGCAAGCUAUUGCGUUCCAGCUCAGUCCUCAUAUCCCGCCGGACAUCAUUCACUGGCAGCAAAGAAUUCCCAGUCGGCCAGCGAGCUCCCAGCCUGAGCAUAGAGCACCUGGACCUCGAAGACGACAGCGUUGGCCAGCAGCGGAGCAGAAAGAGGCGGAGCGAGGUAAGAAGGGCGCGACGGAGUGCCGGCGAGUCUGUUAUGAGCAACAGCUCCACCACCUCCACUAUCACUACUACGCUGCAUAUGUGAACAGCUGGAUCAAAUCAAGCGUAUCAGUCGGAUCAAGGCAAGGAAAAGCAAAGCAAUAUGUCAGUCGAAUUGUCUUAAUAGUGUAAUAUUUGUUAUAGUGAAUAAGUAUACAUAAAUUCUUAAGUAUGCGCUUUGAGUACCUUCUAGCAACUGUCGAAUUCAUAUCACAACGAACAUAAGUCAAUGUAUAAUGUGUAAAUUUAUGGAAAUGUGCGAAUGCGGAAUAUUUAUACAAACGAGUAUGUGGUAUUGUAUGUGCUAACUAUUUGCCAACUGUGAUAGUGUCUGAAGAGUAUAUAUGUACAUAUGUAGAUGGAUAGACACGCUAGGAUAGACAGGAUGUCAAAAGCAUUCCCAACAUAUAUUACAUACAUAGGUAUAUAGGAACAUAUAUAUAAAUAAUUUAUAAUUAAUAUUGUACUUAAGUAUUUGGUUGUAUUUUUUCCAUGGCCGGAUGUAGUAUAAUUUACAGUUUUAAGAGACGUUGUAAAAGGUUGUAAAAGUUCAGCUACUAUUUGUACUUAAGUGGGUGUUCACCCCAGUUAGAGGUGCUUUGUUCAAUCUUAUCCAACAAUCUAUUAUGAACUACGUAUACCUCCUACCUACCUAUAUACAUAUUUACGGAAUGUGAUGAUAUUCCCAGAUGAUAUUUAUGUAUGUAUCAGUUUUGAAUAUAUAUUAUAUGCAAAUGAAUGUUUUUAUGUAUACCGCACCGUCCUUCACAGCCCGCAUGCAAUUUUACUAGGCCGAUGAUAUACACUUACUCUAUGGCUGUUGAAUGAUUUAAUCUUGACUCUCAUCGGAUAUGAUAUGAUCCGAUCUGCUCUGCACUUACGUAUAUUGUAUUUAUAUUAUUUUAUUUUGUAUUAAUCAACAUAACACACAACAAAGCGACUUUAACCAAUCAAAUCCAACCACACCCAACAUCUGAAACCUGAAACCCAAGAACACACAACAAUAACCAAUAAUCAAUAAUUUAAUAAAUCAAUAAGUCAACAGC